AUUUGGUCAGAGAAAAACAGAGAGAAAGAAAGAGAGAGAGAGACUAAGGGGAAAAAAGAAGAAAGAACAUGUGGUUUUGAGUUUUUAACAGGUGUAUUUAGUUCAUCAUCAUUCAGCAGCGCUAUAAACUUGAAAGCCCUUUAUUUUUAUUUCACUUUAAGAUUAGAAAGUUGAAAACUUUCUUAGUUUCAACUGUUUCUUGGCCAUUUUCAUGUAAUUUUUAGCCUUUUGUUUCUAUAGGAAAAAAAAAAAGAAAAAAAAUGGAGGAAGAAUGUCAGAGCAGUGAAUCAGGGUGGACAAUGUACAUUGGGUCUCCGGUGGAAGGUGGUGGUGAGGAAGAUGAUGAUAAUUUCAGUGAUCCAAAUGGCUAUGUUGCUGAUAUUGCAGAAGCUGAGAAUUUCCAUGGAGAAAACAACUGGAUGCUGGUUCCAGGAACUAAAUAUAAUAAUCAUGAUGAAAACAGUGAUGAUUCCAUGGCUUCUGAUGCUUCUUCCGGUCCAAGUCUUCGCGAAAAAACGUGGGAAAUCAAGAGGGAUUCUGUCCAUCAGGAGGGUAAUAAGGUUGGCAGUAUAAGGGAUCAUCAUCAUCAUUCUUCUUCAAAGUACAAAGACAAGAAGGCAGCAGCAAAGAAGAACAGGCAGGAGAAGAAGGAUAAUAAUUAUCCUGAAGCUGAGGUUAAUGCUGCAGCCGCAAAAGGAGCAGGUUCCAAGCAUUUUGUACAAGGAAAUAAGGUGAGGAAAAAUCUGGGAUGGGGAAAACAGACUAAAUCAUAAGGGUUCUUAUUCAUCAUUUUGGCCAUAAGAAUUUAGGCAGAUUGUAGUUAUUUUGCAGCCCUUUUUUUUGUUUAGAGAGAUAUAUCCUAGCUUGAAAGAUGAUGUUUGGACUUGGAAAAACGGAAGUAAACUUGUUUAUUUUUUGGGUUAGUUUUGGCCAUGUUGGUUCGGAGGAUAAUUAGUUGGUUCUUUUUAGAAUUCUUAAUGAAGUAGCAUAUUAUUUCAUUGUUGUAAAACUGAUUUGAAUUUGCUUGAAGACAGCACAUGAAGCAUUUGUAAGCAAGUUCAUCAACUUUAAUGCAGGUACUAGG